UGCGUGAUUGAAGACGAAAAAACUAAGUCCAGGAAGAGAGAUAUGGACGUGGAGACGAAGAAUCGCCGAGAUAGUGGCCGUGAUCGCAGCAAGGAGCGGAAGAGACGGUAUGAGAGAGUUAAGCGUAUUGAUCCUGAAGAUGAGUACGAUCGAGACGUUGGUGAAAAGAGGGAGAAGCGUGAAGGAAAGGAUCGGAGACGGAGGGAUAGGGAGAGAAAGAAGAUUAACGAUUCUGAAGAAGAAGACGAGAGGGAUAAGCGCAGAGCGAAGGAGAAGGAACGAAGGCGAAAAGAUGGAGAGAGGGAUAGGCGAGGAAGUGAGAAAGAAAGGAAAAGGGAGAGGUCAAAAGAAGAUGAGAGUGAUGAUGAUUAUGGAGAUGACAAUGGUGGGCAGAAGCAGGUGGAUGAGGAGGGGGAAAAACGGAGGAGAAGAUUCCAGGAGUGGCAAGAGUUGAAGAGGAAAAAGGAGGAAGCCGAAAUCGAAAGCAAGACCUGUAAGGCUUGGACCCUUGAAGGAGAAUCUGAUGAUGAUGAACAAGUCCCUCCGCAGAUGGAUGUUGAUGGAGAGACUAAUCCUGAAGACGAAGAGGUAAUCGAUCCUUUAGAUGCUUUUAUGAAUAAUAUGGUAUUACCUGAGGUUGGGAAGCUUAGCAAUACUGCUUCUUCUCUAGCAGUGAACGAUGGUGGUGACCAGCCAAAGAAAGGCAUUAAUCAAGCGAUAAUUCAAGGUGAAGAUUCUGAUUCUGAUUACUCAGAACCAAAGAGUGAUGAUGAUCCAAGUUUGGACGAAGACGACGAGGAGUUCAUGAAGAUAGCAAAGAAGACAAAAGGAGAGAAGUUGUCUCUUGUUGACCAUUCAGAAAUAGAGUAUAAACCGUUCAGGAAAAACUUCUAUAUCCAAGCGAACGAUAUCUCAAAGAUGACAGAAGAACAAGUUAGUGCUUACCGAAAGGAAUUGGAGCUGAAAGUUCAUGGAAAAGAUGUACCAAGACCCGUAAAAUCUUGGUACCAGACUGGGCUAACCAACAGGAUUUUGGAUACAAUGAAGAAGCUUAACUAUGAAAAGCCAAUGCCUGUCCAAGCACAAGCACUCCCUGUCAUCAUGAGCGGUAGAGACUGCAUUGGAGUUGCAAAAACAGGGUCAGGUAAAACACUUGGUUUUGUUUUGCCAAUGUUGAGGCAUAUCAAAGAUCAGCCUCCUGCUGAAGCUGGUGAUGGGCCGGUUGGGCUUGUAAUGGCACCUACUAGAGAGCUUGUUCAGCAAAUUCAUACCGCUAUCAAAAAGUUUGCCAAGGCAUUGAGUAUAAGGUGUGUGCCUGUGUAUGGAGGAUCAGAAAUCGCCCAGCAAAUAAGUAAGCUUAAGCGAGGUACUGACAUUAUCGUCUGCACUCCUGGAAGAAUGAUUGAUAUUCUUUGCACAAACAGUGGGAAAAUCACCAAUCUGCAAAGGGUCACGUUUCUGGUAAUGGAUGAAGCUGAUCGUAUGUUUGACAUGGGUUUUGAGCCUCAGGUUACUCGUAUUAUUCAAAACAUUCGACCCGAUCGUCAAACUGUGCUCUUUUCUGCCACUUUUCCACGCCAAAUUGAAAACUUGGCACGUAGAGUCUUGAACAAGCCUGUAGAAAUACAGGCCGGUGGAAAGAAUGUUGUGAAUAAAGAUAUAACUCAGUCUGUUGAAAUCAUAGCGGAGAGUGAGAGGAACUCUAGACUUGUGGAACUUAUUGAGGAAUGGUAUGAGAGAGGAAAGAUUUUGGUGUUUGUUGGAUCGCAGGGAAAAUGUGAUGCUUUGUAUAAUGAUUUGAAGAAUAAAUGUGGUUACAGUUGUUAAUCUCUUCACGGGGGUAAGGAUCAGAGUUCUCGUGAAUCAGCUAUAUCUGAAUUUAAGAGCAAAUGCAAGUUGUUGAUUGCUACAAGUGUUGCAGCUAGGGGUCUAGAUGUGAAAGAGCUUGAGUUGGUUGUAAACUUUGAUGUGCCAAACCACUAUGAAGAGUAUGUGCAUCGCGUUGGCAGGACAGGAAGGGCGGGUAGGAAAGGCUGUGCUGUGACAUUUAUAUCCGAGGACGAUGCAAAAUAUGCACCAGAUUUAGUAAAAGCCCUGGAACUUUCUGAGCAGCCAGUUCCUGGUUGUCUGAAAGCAAUUGCUGAUGGCUUCAUGGCAAAAGUGAAACAGGGUAUUGAGAAAGCUCAUGGAAGUGGCUAUGGUGGUAGUGGCUUUAAAUUCAACGAAGAGGACGAGGAAGUUAAGAAAGCACAAGCCAAGGAGUAUGGCUAUGAGGAAGAUAAGUCUGACUCAGAAGAUGAGAAUGAUGUAGUAGUAAGAAAGGCGGCUUCUGCUGCUGUUAACCAAUUGUUGCCAAAUGGUUUACAACAUACACUCGCAAAGAUUCAAGCUGAUGCAAUGCCUGAACGGUAUGAAGCAGAAGUGGAAAUCAAUGAUUACUCACAGAAUGCUCGUUGGAAGGUGACCCACAAAGAAACUCAGUGUCGAAUAUCAGAGUGGGCUGGAGCCGCCAUAACCACUAGAGGUCAGUUUUAUAAGCCAGGACGUACCCGGGGACAUGGGGAACGCAAGCUCCACUUGUUCAUUGAAGGGCCUACCGAGCAAUCUGUCAAGGCAGCGAAAGCUGAACUCAAGCGUGUUCUUAAAGACGCGAGUAAUGAGGCCUUGUCACUUCGUGGAGGACAACAAUUCGGCAAAUACUCUGUCCUAUAACCAUGAGGUGUGUGAUUUAUGGAUCCUUCCAAUCAAUUAGUUUGCCGAAUUCGAAUGCUGUUUUUAGUACUUGUUUAGGACACAACUUGUUAGUUAGUUAGCUUAAAUAAUGUUUACAUUAACUGCAAUU